AUGGGGCGGGACUUCCUGUGUUACGGGGGACCGGGGGGGGCUUUUGGGGGGGGGUCUGAGUGUUUUCUCCCCUUCCCCCCCCCACGCCUGGCGGCGGACGUGGAGCUGCACUGCUUCAGCCAUGAGGGCUUCGGGCCGGGGGGGGCGGCGCGGGAGGAGGCGCUGCUGCAGGUGGCUCUGCAGGUGGCCUUCUACAGGUUGCACGGCUCUGUCAGCGCCUGUGCGGAAGCCCCGCCCCUUCGUCCCCGCCCCCUCCCCCGCCCUGCCCUGGUGCUGCCCCCGGGGCCGCGGUGCCGAGCAUUGGCCAAAGCUCUGCAGGAACCUACAGCAAAGCCGGAAGUGCUGAGGGCGCUGCUGUGGGAGGCGGUGGAGGCGCAGCAGCAGCGGAUGGAGGAGGUGGCGGCAGGGCAGGGAGCGGAGCGACAUCUGCGGGCUUUGGGGCUAACGGCGGUGGCGGGGGGGGAACCGCUUCCGGAGCUCUUCCGGGAUUUGGGGUACGCCCGGGCCACGCACUUCCGCCUCUGCACCCUGCAG